CUAAUAUUUAAAGGAGUAGAAAAACGAACCAAUGCAUAACGUGGACAAUCCAAACCCGCUAAUUCGUCAAUGAUUUUUAAAAUUAGUUUGAUACUUUGACCACAUUAUACUUUAACUAAUCCCCCACAAAACCAACCACUCAAGUCCAUGGCCCGUCUAGACGCUCAUUCACUCUUCCGUUUCCGACACUUUCCUUCCACCUUCACCACCACCUCAACCCACCGUUACCUCCGCCUCCACGUCACCAAAUCCGACGUGUCAUCUUCAACCCAAAUGUCAGAUAAUGGGGCCCCACAUACAGUUCAAGUCCACCCAUCUCUCGAAGUCAUCGGAGGAGGUCGUGACAAGUAUUUACCCGCUUUGAAGAAGAAUCUGGAGCACCCAUAUAACCCGUUUCCGUUAAUCGGGUCAAACCGACACGUGGAGACUAUUUUUGCAGCGUUUUACCGGUCGUUACCGGAUGUUAAGUUCCGGCGUGAGUGUUUAAGGACUAAAGAUGAUGGUGCUGUUGCUCUUGAUUGGGUUGCCGGUGAUCAUAAAAAGCUUCCUCCUCUUUCUCCGAUUCUCAUUUUGCUACCAGGUCUUACAGGAGGAAGUGGUGAUACUUAUGUGAGACACAUGUUGAUUAGAGCCAGGAAGCUGGGUUGGCGAGUGGUUGUCUUUAACAGCCGUGGUUGUGGUAAUAGCCCCGUUACUACUCCUCAGUUUUAUUCAGCAUCAUUCACUGGGGAUCUUACUGAAGUGAUUGCACACGUCAGUGGUAGAUAUCCGGAAGCCAAGUUAUAUGCUGUCGGCUGGUCUCUUGGAGCUAAUAUACUUGUGCGAUACUUGGGUCAGGAAUCUCAUAAAUGCACCCUUGCUGGAGCUGUGAGCCUGUGUAACCCUUUCAAUCUACCAAUUGCGGAUGAGGACUUCCACAAAGGCUUUAAUAAUAUUUACGACAAAGCAUUAGCAAAUAGCCUUAGAAGAAUAUUUAAGAAGCAUGCAGCUCUUUUUGAAGACAUUGGUGGAGAGUAUAACAUACCAAUGGUUGCAAAUGCAAAGACUGUAAGGGAGUUUGAUGAAGGGCUGACUCGAGUAUCUUUUGGGUUCAAGUCAGCUGAUGACUACUACUUGCAUUCGAGCAGUGCAGACUCAAUUAAGGAUGUCUGUACACCGUUGCUAUGUAUUCAGGCUGCAAAUGAUCCCAUUGCUCCAGCCAGGGGUAUUCCUCGCAAAGACAUCGAGGAAAAUCAGAAUUGUUUGUUGAUUGUUACACCGAAUGGUGGUCAUUUGGGGUGGGUUGCUGGUAAUGAAGCUCCAUUUGGAGCACCAUGGACUGAUCCAUGUGUGAUAGAUUUUUUGCAACAUCUUGAUAGGAGAUUGUCCGAAACCUCGUCGUCACAUAGCCAAUUGAAUGAGGCACCAAUGUGUACCGAGGGUGGUUUGGUAGCAGCCGAGGUAUAGCUGGCGAUUAAAUGAUUGCUGUUUCUGUGUAGAUUGUUAGCAUUUAGCAAUACAUAGCUUCUGAAAAACAAAUUGCUCAAUUCUUUCUGAUGCACCCAAGAUUCUGUAGAUAGUUCGAUUCCUUCACUAGACUUCCUUUUAGGAAGCUCGAGGCAUGAUUUAUUGGCUGAUACGAUUCCAGCAACCAUUGUGUAAUUGCUAAUGACACAAAUGUAAUAUUAUUUUGGAAAUGUAUUGAAGUUUGCAUUAAAAUUAGUUACCCUCUUACUGUGUUGUACUGUAUAGAGGUGAACCAAUGCACACACAAUUAAAAGCAUGCUAAAUUGCUAAUACUUUCCUAGCCACUGCUUUCUGUAAUUUUUAAAGUGAACACUAUUUUAGUAAUUUAUUUAUUUUUUAAUACCAAUUUGGGGCAAAUCAUUCCUGCUUUCUGUAAAAAAAU